UAGGUUUUCAGUACGGAAUAUGAGGCGAACACAGUUUUGCUAUCCUUAAGCCAGGCACGUAAUAACGGCCUUGCAAACUGUAAAGAUAUCGCGGUGGAAGAAAACAAACUUUAUAAUUUGAAUAGUAAAUCAUUAUGUUUAGGCCUAACUUAUGUAAAAUCAAAAUUGGUGUUUUAAACAGUGUUUCACAACAGAUUUUUGCGGUUUUUUUCUUAAUGUUAAUAAAAUGGACAUGGUCGUUUAAUGUAGAUUUAGAAACAGUGUUGAUUCAUCAAGCACAACCGAAAUCCCACUUUGGAUUUUCUGUAAGUUUACACAGGACUCAAGGUAAAAGUUGGUUGCUGAUUGGAGCACCAACCGCCCAGACGUCUCAACCUGGAGUGACGAGAGGGGGAGCUGUUUACAAGUGUGACACUGAUAGGGCCAAUUAUUGUGAACAGAUUUUAUUUGAUAAGUCAGGUUCCGUUGAAAAACUCCAUGGUAAUACAAAUGAAUAUUUAGAGAACAAAACAAAUCAGUGGUUCGGUGCUACACUGUACAGUGCUGGGGAGAAUGGCCCAAUUGUGGCUUGUGCACCACGUUAUGCGUUGUCCUCCAGUGAGUUCAGAAGGCGUAGCCCUGUUGGUACGUGCUGGAAAGCACGAGGUUCCUUCUCAGGGUUUGAAGAGUAUUCUCCUUGCAGGAACAUGACUCUGAGGUAUUACCGACAGGAGUCGUGCCAAGCAGGAUUUUCUGCGGUUGUCACCAAGGACGGUCAGUGGCUGUAUGUAGGAGCUGUAGGCAGCUGGUAUUGGCAAGGUCAAGUUUUUUCUCAAAACCUUUUUGACAAGCAGUUCUUAUACAGUACUCCUGAAGGACCACCAGAGGAAGAUGAUAGUUAUUUAGGUUUCUCUACCGCCGUUGGAGAGUUCACUGGAGACAAUAUCGUGGACUUAGCCAUAGGCAUGCCACGUGGCUAUAAAUUAAAAGGAAAGGUGGUGUUCUUAACGACAUUUUUAAGGAACUUACUGAACCUCACGGGAGACCAACUUGGAUCUUAUUUUGGCUACGCUAUCUGUGUAGCUGACGUCAAUGGCGAUCGUUUAGACGAUGUUAUGGUGGGGGCGCCACUAUACGCUAACUUUGAUUCUGAAAACAGUUACGAAGAAGGACGUGUGUACAUUUUCUACCAAAAUUCAGAGCAUCAGAUGGUAAACAAGAGUUAUUUGGAUGGCACCUACUCCAGAGGUCGGUUUGGGCAGGCUUUAACAUCACUAGGAGAUAUAAAUAAAGAUGGAUUUCAAGACUUUGCUGUAGGAGCACCCUACGCUGGAAAUAAAGAACGAGGAGUGGUUUACAUCUAUCAUGGAAGUCGAGGUAUAAUGAAGUCGACAAAACCUUCACAGGUUAUAACAGCUGAAAGCGUUGGUGAUCCUGGAUUAUCAACAUUUGGUUUUUCCCUUUCUGGAGGUAUGGACAUGGACGAAAAUAGUUACCCUGAUCUACUCGUUGGAGCCUACGACUCAAAUCGAGCGAUAUUUUUCAGGUCCCGACCGGUGGUUAACUUGUUCGCCAAUUUAGAGAUUGAUCCUAACACUAUCAACUUAGAUGAAAAGGGUUGCAGCCUUUCUGAUAGAACGGAAGUAUCCUGCGUAGUGAUUACGGUUUGUCUUCAGUAUAGUGGAAUAGGAGUGCCUUCUUAUCUACGAAUUAAGCUUAAAACCCAACUGGAUGUCGAUUUACAGCAAAACCCACGAGUGUUUUUUUUGGAAAGAGAAAAGAUCAACCGAAACGUUUAUGAUAUUUUCAUCAGGAAAGAAUCGAAAUCCUGUAAGAAUGUAUAUGCGUACAUUGAGGAUCAAAUAAGAGACAAGCUAACUCCCAUUACAGUAGAGGUCACUGUUGACCUGCUGUACUCAGAACCGUACAGGAAAGUUCUGAAGCCAAUUUUGAACAAAGCGUUGCCACAACAGUUAACGAGACAGGUUAGCAUACAGAAGAACUGUGGGAAGGAUAACGUAUGUAUUCCUGAUCUCAGUGUGGAAUUAUCAUUGAACAUGGAAGAAUACUUUAUCGGGAGUAAAAAGAGGAUAGAACUUAGUGUUAAUGUUACCAAUCGUGGAGAAGAUGCAUUUGAGACCAUGUUGUACCUGGAGAUACCACAAGAAGUUAACUACGUUAAUAUCAACAGAACAAACACGAACGAGCCAAUGAGCUGUAGUCCAUUCUUUCGGACUUCAGGAAACAGCAUUCUCAUCUGUGAUGUUGGUAACCCUUUCCCUGCAGGCAAUGAAUUGAUUUUUACCGUACUCCUGGAGCCAGCUCAAGUAGCUCCUAACAUCCAAGAACUAAAUUUUAACGCCACAGUUAACAGCACUAAUCCAGAGCCAAAUUCUACCCUCACCGACAACUAUGGUGUGAUUAAACUUCCUGCAACCUUCAAGAUAAAAAUGAUUGUACAUGGAAUCUCUUUUCCUGAAAGCGUUACAUACAACAAGUCAACCAUUCUACCUGACGAUCAGAUAAAAACAGAAUCUGAUAUUGGGCCAGAAGUACUCCAUGUAUAUGAAAUCAUCAAUAAAGGACCAAGCACUAUCCAAGAAGCCAAAAUUGACAUUAUUUGGCCUGCUUACACACUGUACAGGAAACAUCUUCUUUAUCUGUUGGAUAAUCCAAAGGUCAGAGGUAAAGCACGCUGCCAAGAUGUACCUGACAUCAACAUACUCUCUUUACAGAAAGAAAGAAAGAAAAAUGGGAACAGAGAAGAGCUUAUGGCUAGGACAUUUACUAAAAACACCAUAAAUACUACAUCCACAGAAGAGGGGAAUCUGCUAAGAAGAAACAAAAGACAGGAACAAGCGCAAAAUUCUUCCUUGGACGAAACGAAUUCUGGAACAAAGUUAUACACACGUAUUUACUGUACCAUCUUUAAUCUUAAUGAGAAUGAUCAAGUUGUUGUUACCAUCCGUUCAAGGCUGUGGAUGGCCACUGUGGAGAAGAUGGGGCUUAGUCAAGUUCAAGUGUCUUCAAAGCUGAUAGCUCGAAUCACCGCACUGCCAUAUGAUGACUUAGAUGUUGAUCGUAUACCUCAAAAGGAUUUUAUGGUCACAACCAAGGUGUAUCCAGACAUUGUAAAGGAACAUGGAGUUUUUCUCUGGUGGAUAAUUGUUGCGACAGCUGGGGGAAUUCUGCUUUUGGCUCUGCUAGUUUGGGGUCUUGUGAAGGUGGGUUUCUUUAAACGGAGGCGACCACCGGAUAAACAGUUACUUCACAGUUUAGAUGACGUUAACGGUUACACAUUUAACUGUAGAGAUGAAGCACUAUGAUAAACUGUGAGUUAACGUUAGGGUGGUAUCAGACAGUAAUGACAUAGGAUGGAGUACAUUCUAUUGUACAUAGCCUAACUGUCAGGCUUUAGAGAGAGAAACUCGGUAGCCACAUCUGGUACUUAAAAGAAUGAUCAUUUUUUUUAUAGAACCCGAAACUAAAUGGUAACUUAUGAAUUUCUGUUACAAUAGUAUCGAAGAGCAUUUAGUUUUGAAAGAAAUACCGAUUUACUUAGAAUGCCAAACAAUUUAGUUAUAAGUAAAACAGCCUUUUUAUUUAUUCUCUAAUCUAAAUGUUUCUGAAAUGUUAUAUCUAAAUAUCUAAAGAACAUAUGGAGGUUUCAAACAACUAUGUAGACGGUAAAAGCGUUUCAGAGAUUAUGCCAAAUUUUUCGUGUACAGUUUUUUUCACUCUAGUCUAUUAUUUCUUGAAGUCACUUUCUAGCUAUAGUUUAAAAGAAGUCAUCCAUCCUGUCACUUCUUCCCUUUACGGUUACAGCAGAUAUGUGAACAUAUAACUUCACCUAGUGUAUGUAUUAGUAUCACCUUUUUAGUAUAAUUUUAGAAAUAUGUUUUAUAUUUGCAUACUAUUACUCCAUUCAAAUUAUUAUGACGCAGCUAAUUCCAGUUUACAAAAUUUUAUCAGUAUUUUUAUUAUGGUUAAAUCCUUUCAUCUAUAUUUUUGAUAAUAUUUAUAUAUAUAUAUGUUAUAAAUAUUAUCAAGACUGUACUUCAUUUUCUCAUCACCCUGUCACUGAAAUAAACCUCUAUAAUGGGAGGGUCAUAAGAACUACGCUGCCCGCUAUAAUGUAUUUCUAUAUGAGAAUUCCUUGGGACCAACUCGUGAAUUAAAUAAUGUUAUUAUUUCAUAAUCUAGGUUUAGUAAAUCUAGACAAACGUAACCCACAUUUAUAAACCACUGUUGUGCAACCUGCAGGCAACAUAGAAAUUUACGUUUCUUUGACGUUAAUAGUAACAAAUAUAGAAAACGUUUACUGAAAUUGAUAAAGAAUUUACAAAUUCUCUGCGCAUCUUUUCUGGAAAGUCUGAGACCAACAACACGUCCAGGCGAUGCGCACAUCUAAAAUGGCCAUGAUUUUACAAAAAAAAGCAACAACAUGAAAUUCCAAAUAUUAUAUAGAAAAUAAACAAAUUUACAAAAUACGAGAUGCUAUACUGAAACUGAAGUGGUGUGACGUCCGUGCAAAAUGGGACCGGUAUGGCCAGGUGGUUAGGGCGCUCGACUCGCAAUCUGUGGUUUCGAAUCCCCGUCAUACCAAACAUGCUUGCACUUUAAGCCGUGGGGGCGCCAUAAUGUGACGGUCAAUCCC